GGAAUUUUCUUAAGGUUUGAGGAAUUCUUUCGAUCCUGUGUUGGUAUUUCUUCGCUCCCGUCCCCGUGUCGAGUGACGGAAGGAACAAGCAAGGCGCGGGACGGAGCAGGCAGACGAACUCUGACAUGAGCGAGGAAAGAAGACGAGAGCGAUAGUAAUGUGAGCAAGCAUGUUCGAGGCAGGCUCGAUGAUCGAGUCUGGCACCUGGAGGAAGGCGAGGACGAGGAGGGUGCCAGUCGAAGAACGGAAGAAUACGGCUGGAUAACGAAACGACCGAGGAACAGGGGGAGGAGCUCCAGCGAGGGAGGAGGGAGAGUGGAGGCACAUAUGAGCAGUCUGAGAAGGAAGGCACAGGAAGGGUCGCGCGGGGUUGAAUGAAGCUGGCUGUAGGCCGAGAAGGAUCGAUGGGGGAUGAAAAGGUCCCAAUCUCCGCUGCGCUGCGAGUUGCGCAGGAUGCGUUGGUGAAGGGUCAAUAUCAGGAAGUCGUAAAGCAGUGCAAAGUGAUUCUCAAACAGGAUCGUAAUAAUUAUGACGGGUAUGUGCUCUUAGGAUCUGCGCUUUUGCAGCUGAAGCAGCAUGGGCAGGCGGAGAAGGCCUUUCGCCUUGCAAUUGGUGUUAAUAAUUCGAAAAUGGCUGCUUGGCAGCCAUGGAUCUCUGUACCCGGCUCCUGCACUACUCCAGGGAGAUUGCUAAUUGUGUUCAGCAAAUUGGACUCUUGCAUGUUCGUUGUGCCCGUCUUUUAUUUGAGCAGCGUCUCGUGGAGAUUUAUGAAUCGACAGCGAACAUCAAUGAGCUCGUGGAGGCAUGCGAGGCCAUUAGGGAGCGUACACAGGUGCUGGGAAAAAUGGAGCGUUACGUUGAAUAUACUCAAAAGCUUGCCAACGCCCACCUAGCACAAUCGAACUUCAAGAAAGCUUGCGUAAUCUGGCAGGAAUUAAUCGAUAGUUCUUCCACUCCAGAAUCAGUUCGCUUUGAAGCAGUUUGUGGCAUAUCGGACGCUAAGUCAGCUCUGCUCGAGAGGUCCAUACAAGAGGAGUACAAGAAACGUCUCUCUCAAAGUGAGAGGGCCAGUAGUUCCUUAAGAAGCUCUCAGGAACAUCCUUCCACGUAUUGCAUGAAUUCAUCUUGCGACGAAGACCUGUUACUUUUUGUGGAAGAGGAGUAUAUUGACCGUGAGUUGAGCAAGGAAGUGGAGGAACUCUUGCGCAGGACUACUUCAGAAGUAGGCCCACACUUGGAGCGCCACCAUGAGAUGCUUCUACGUCUAUUAGUGCGUCGCAUGCGUGCAGCUCGUCAUUCUGCAGAAGGGGAUAUUCGGAGAACGGCAAAGUUGCAAACUUUACGCCAGUGUAUGAGUAUGAUAUCGUCUUGCAUCAAUAUGACCGCGUUCGAAGUAGCUUGUAAACUUCUGGAGGAUGACGAUAGUAAGGACCUGUUUGAAGAACUUGGUUACGCUCAGCAAAUUUCCAAGCACAAUGUCGAGCCACCUCUCGUAUGGCUCGGGAGGUGUUUUGCCCAUACUUACCCAGGGCAUGGUAUCGCUUUGUCUGCUCUUGGCUUUGCGAUGCAUUACAACUCCUCUAAUGGUUCAAGUUUGGAGCGAAAGAGGAUAAUCUGUGAAAAGGCAUUACGACUCGAUGACAAUUGUGUAACUGGGUGGCAGGUUUUGGCAAACGUCCACGUCCAACAGAGUUCUUACUCAAGCGCAGCUGAAUGCGUCAGACGUGGACUGCACGCAGUUUGCAGGUCCCGCAUGAAUUAUGGGUUGAGUUUAGUUAUUGUCGAGGCAAAGUUUCAACUAACGCUUGGUCAAACACAUCUUGCAACUCAAGAUCUCAGUGAAGCGGAAAGGGCCUUUCGUCAUGUGGCCGAGGAGGUCAAGGAAACAACUGCCAAAGAAGGUUGUUUACUGGUUGCUGCCGCCAAUGAGGGACUUGCCAAAGUUGCACUUGCGCGAGGCGAUGUGGAGUUAGCGUGUGCAAGGCUGAAUGUGGUGCUGGCGUUGAACCCUGACAGUCAUUGGGCACUUGCAGAGCAAGGCUGGUUGGCAUAUCAGCAGGAGAAUUGGAAGAAAGCUUUGCUAUACUUAGAGCAGGCUGUUGCUCUCCAGCCUAGUAUGGCUAGCUAUCACUACCGGCUGGGCCUUUUGUAUUGGAAAGCAGGUGGGUUGAUGUCAGAGUUAAAGGACAAAGUUUUAUCACAGCUUUUGGAAGCUGUAAAGUUGGAUCCCACUCAAUCCGAAUUCUUUCGGCAAUUGGGUCAUUGUUACAACAGGCUUGCCGGAGAUACGCAAAGGGCUAUCCGCUGCUAUCAAAAGGCAGUUAACUUGAAUCUCGAAGAUGAAGAAGCAGGGGAGGCACUGUGUGAUCUGCUGGAUUGUGGGGGUCAGGAAGUGUUGGAAGUAGAUAUAUGCAGAGGAGCUUCACAAAAAUCGCGUCGCGCAUUUUGGGCAUGGCGCCGUCUCGGUCUUUUGCAGGUAUUUCACAAAGAAUGGUCAGAGGCUGUUCCAAAUUUGCAGCACGCUCUUCGAGGCUACGUCACAGAUGGCGACUUGUGGGAGGCUCUUGGAUUGGCGUAUCAACAUCUUGGAAUGCUCACUGCCGCUUUGAAGGCUUAUGGACGUGCAACUAGCCUUGGGGAUAUUCCUUCUCUCUUCGCUUUGUUGCAAACGGGCAACAUUCUUCUGUUGCUUGGGUCGUAUGAAAAGGCGACUGAUGCCUUUCGGGAAGCCUUACAACAAGAUUCCGGUCACGUAGGUGCUCUUUGUGGCCUUGCGGCAGCAAUUUUAGGGUGCGCUCGUAAAUGUAUGAGCAUCGGUGCCUUCGCCUGGAGCGCUUCGUUAGGGAAGGAUGCUCUUGAACUUCUACGGUUGUCUAUUCCCUGCUGUAGCAAUAUUGGAGCGUUUUGGAAACUUCUGGGAGAUUUAGAGGUAACAUAUGCUCAGGCAUUGCCUUGCGAGGAACUGGACUCAAUGAGCGUCUCCACGCAAGAAGCGUCAGUACGCAUGACUAUACAAUCAGCUAUCGAUUUGUGGUACAAAAAGCGAAUAGCCUCUUUGAAAAGAGCAAGGGUUUUUUACCAACGUGCGCUGCACCUGAGUCCCUCUCAAAGCAGCCUAUAUUCCGACCUAGGCCUGGCUCUCGAUCUUAUCUCAUCACUUGAGCAUGAAAACUCCAGCAGCAACUCUUCUUGGAUGCCCGCUGUGACGGCCAUAUGUGGAGGACUACGUGUGGAUGGGGAUAACCCAGAUCUGUGGGUGACUCUGGGUAUGCUGACUAAACAUAAGGGACUUCGUCAGCACUCCUUCAUCCAAGCAUUACGAAUAAAUGGAAAUCAUGCCCUCGCGUGGGGUGGUCUUGGACAGCUGUACCUUAGAGAAGGUCAAGAAGCUUUGGCAAGGGAAGCUUUCGACCGAGCGAGAAGUGCGAAUCCUACUCUUCCCCUUCCGUGGGCAGGAAUGGCAUAUUUUCAUAGUCUUGCUGAAACUACCAAAGAUCUACAAGAAGCUUAUGCGAGCUGCAUGUAUGCGGUUCAGCUUUCACCGACAACAGAGGUGCAGCUAGGUCUCGGAAAACUAGCCGCUCAUGCGCAACAACUUCAAGCUGUGGAAGUGUAUGCAGCUUUGCAGCAAGCAGUUCAUCAUGCACCACAUAGAGCGGAAGCUCACAAUUUGAAAGGACUUGCUUGUGAGUCAAGAGGAGACUACGAAGGUGCGAUAAAGGCUUUUCGCCGGGCACGUUGUUUGGUUACUUUCUCAACCGAUACUAAGAGCGGCCCUUCUUCGCAGAAAAACCUGGCAGUUUGUACAAACCUUGCCAGAGCGCUUUGCAAGGCAGGUGCGUUUGUCGCUGCUAUACAGGAGUACGAGGUGCUGGGAGAGCUGGGGCUCUUAAGAGACGAUUCUGGAGCGCUUCGCGGUUAUUCUGUCGCCUUGUGGCAAGUUGGGAACAAGGAGAAGGCAGUCGUUAUGGCCAGGAAGUCGAUGGAAGUAGAAAUGGAUGCAGCAAGCAUUAUAGGUGGUCAAGCUCUUCUCGUGAAGAUGAUUUACUCAAACUCAGGCUGCUCACCCGCUUUAGCUGAAAUGCAAACGGCUCCAGUUGAAAUGUUUUCAGACACGAAGUUCUGCUUAAGUGCUCUUGCCAUAGCUGCGUUGUCUGGAAAUGAAAAGACAUUGUACAGCCUUAUAAAUUCAUGUAAAGAUUCUCUUGGACACGAAGGUCUUAUACAAGCUCAUCUGCUCGCUGCCGCUUCUAAGCAGAUAUCAGGCGAGCGGAAUUUGAUAGCUGCUAUACAGGUUCUCCAGAAGACAUUGCACUUAUUUCCUCAGAGUGUUUACCUGCGUGCUAGGCUGGGGGAGUUGAUACUGGAGAGCAGCCUUGGGAAGAAGGCCGAUCUCGUACCUAGAUGCUGCCAGAUUUCUUACACGUUUGUUCAGAGGAACGCAAAUUAUGGAGAUCUUUGUAGUGCCCUAGCUGCCGCAGCUUGUGCAUGUGCUCAUUGUGGACAACUGGAGUCCUGCAAUUUUUCCCCGUGUAAAGGACAAGUUUCGCCUGCGAGUUCUUUGAUUCGCCAGCUGCAAAGAUGGGCUCACAAAGAACCAUGGAAUGUGGAGGCUCAUUAUCUCUUAGUUCUCAAUUUAAUGCAGCAAGCAAAGGCUCAAAAUUUUCCGGCCAACCUUUGUCAAGCUAUACGACGUCUCGCAGCAACAACAGUUUCUUCAUUGCCAACGAAAAAUGGCGAUCGGAGCUUUGAUAGACGUUUGCACGUUGUACUACUCGUGAUUAUAUCUGAAUGUACAAUGCGUCUCGCAGAUAACACUUCAGAUAAUCAACUAGAAGAAAUAGUCUCACAGCUCAGAUAUUUUUCUAGUGUAUCAGAAAUAGCCGCACUGCAGCUGGCUCGCGUGUGUGCUUUCAAACAAGACUACCGCUGCUUAGAAGAGCUGAGCAACGCUCGACGUCUGCUUAGUGCAGAUGACAUUCCGGGGUGGUUCACGGUUAUCGAGUUGCAACAGCGGUGCAAAUUCCAGGAAUUAAAUUCUUCUAUUGUAGCUUGUCGUGAAGCAAUUUUGAGGAGGUGCCUCGAUGAGCAGAAAGAAUGGUUCGGACUUCUGGACCUUGUUCGUGUAAAGGGGCUCGUUCAAGCUGGCGACUUUAUGUCCGCCCAAAGGGUAGCAGCGGAAGCAUUAUCUCAGGCAACAGAUAAUUCUGUUCUUCACCUUUUACAUGGUACAUUGUGCGCUAUACUGGUGUCCUCGGGAACAAAUGUUGAGAUGCUAUCUUCUGCAGUCAGAAGCUUGACAAAGGCCAUGAACUACUCGAAACCCAGUGCUCUACCGUUUGCCUGUACAAUGCUGUGCCAAUCGCAAAAUGCGAAAGGUCUCUCCAAGAGUAAUGACCUCUCAAAGUGGGAACGCAAGUUGUGGUCAGAGUGGGAAGCUUGGCCUGCAGAAUGCAGGCCUGCAGAGUUGUACUUUCAGAUGGGAUUGUUAGCGAGGAAAGCCCAAGUUACCUUCUUGGGCCCGGCCGGCGCUACAGAACCGUCGUGGACUGUUCGGGGGUGGAUACAAAGGGCUGUACAUUUGAAACCAGACUCUGUAGCUUACUGGUCACAUCUAGAACCUCAGUAAUGACACGGAUUGCUUUUAGUGCAAAGCCUUUUAAGAAUGUGUACUGGUCACAAGAGACCUCCAGGCAGGUUCCCAGAAAUAGUUCAUUUAGUUUUUAGCUGCAGAGAAGUCAGUAUGAAAGACGGAAGUUCUAUCGAUAGCCCGCCAACGGACUUGUACAAUGUCUCCUUUCUUUAGGGUGAAAGGAUGAACCAGUUAAUGUGUAGCAACAAAGUCAAGUAGGACUUGAAUGUACAGAAGACUAAACAUGGGAAUGCAACCCGAUUCACAAAGGGAUUUAGUUGUGAAUAUUUCA